AUGGCUCUUCAGCGCUCAUUGCUGCUGCAGCGAGCUGCAGCAACAAUGCUUAGCAGCAGCACGUGGUCCCAAAAGCAGCACAUCGCUGCUGCAGCCGCACAUUGCAGCUGCAGCAGCAGCAGGAAACAACUGCGGCGGCGACACACUUUGCUGCAGCAGCUGGCGGUUGCAGCACCUGAACAUUCCAGCAGCAAACUGCAGCUGCUGCCACUCGCUGCAGCGGCAAGCCGCCUAAUGCAUUCUACACAGGUGAGUGCAAAGACAGCCACAGAGCAGCAGCAGCUGCAGCAGCUGCUGCAGCAGACACGGCAGCAGCAAGAAGUUGCAGCUAACUUAGCAAAGGCAACAGCAGCCGCAGCGGUGGCAGCAGCAGCAGCAGCACCACCACCACCACCACACGGGGUGCAGCAGAAGCAACAGGCUUUCCAACAGCAGCACCAAAAGCACACCCAGCAGCAGCAGCAGUAG